AUGGACGUCGAUGAAUCUGACCCUCAGCACGAAGAGAUCUGGGACGACUCUGUCCUGAUUGACUCCUGGAACGAUGCUCUGCGGGAGUACAAGAAAUACCACAGCAUCCGCGCAAAGGGCGGCAGCAUUCGAGACCUGGAACAAGCCGAGGUCGAUUCGGCCAAGGCAGACGUUACUCCCAAGAUAGAAGAAUCGACGGAUACCCAGGGACACGUCCCCGAUCUGUCGGAUAAAGGUGCCGAUGCAGCAGAUGAUGCUCCCGCCGAGAAGCAGUCAGAGAGCACGCAGCCAGCGCACGGCUUGAACUCUCUGCCCAACGCGUUUCCGUCUCAGGCAAUACUUGGCACAGUGCGCGACGAGAAUCUGAAAAAGCUCCUCAUGUCUUGGUACUACGCCGGCUAUUAUACCGGCCUGUUUGAGGGACAACAGCAAGGACAGCAACAACCACAGCAGAAGAUGGAGCAACAGCCUUGA